AUGAAUACAAAACCUGAAAUACAAAACUUUGAUGGAUUACCACAAUCUAUAGUAUUGCCCAAAACUGGCCAAACAGUCAUAUUUGAUGUCUACAGACCUGACAAAGAUUUUCAAGAUUUAUAUGAAAUUUGGUGGGAAGUCAUAGACAAAGGACAGUCAUAUCUUCAGUACACAACAAAUGAACAAGAAUUUCAAGAAGUUUUUGUCUCGAAAUCUUGUUUUGUGUUUCGUUUAAUGGAUAACAACAAAACUAUCGGUGCUUUUCAUUUAAAGCCAUCAGCUCCGGGACGUGCGUCACAUACGGGAUGUUAUGAACGUAUUGUUCAUAAAGAUUAUCGUAAUAUUGGUUUGGGUGGACUCAUGUUAGACAUGGUUGACAUAUAUGCACCACUUCUCGGUUAUAAAUCGUUGAUAGCCUACGUGUUUGCUACCAAUGAUGCGAGUAUUGCAACUAAUUUAAAGAAAGGUUUGGUUCAAACCGGAUGUAUCCCACGGGCUGUCUAUUUAAAAGCAUUUGGAUUUACCGAUACUCUCAUCUUUCAUAAGUCAUUAACUAAUGAUUAA